GAGGCAAAAAAAAAAAAGUCAAAAGUUCAUCUUUCUUUCUUUCUGUUAGUAAGGCUUUAAGAAGUCAGUAUGGCUUCAGCUUUAAGAAAGAAGAUGAUUUUUUUGUUGGUAAUAAUCUGUUUGUCAUGGGUUUUUGAAGUGGAAGCCAGAGUGUCUUAUGACAAUAGAGCUAUUAUCAUCAAUGGCAGAAGAAGAAUACUUAUCUCUGGUUCCAUUCACUACCCAAGAAGCACUCCUGAGAUGUGGCCUGACCUUAUUCAGAAGGCCAAAAAUGGAGGGUUGGAUGUCAUACAGACCUAUGUGUUUUGGAAUGGACAUGAGCCUUCUCCAGGAAAAUACUAUUUUGAGGGAAGGUAUGAUCUAGUUCAGUUCAUCAAAUUGGUACAAAAAGCAGGUCUUUAUGUUCAUCUUCGCAUUGGGCCUUAUGUGUGUGCUGAAUGGAACUUUGGGGGUUUUCCUGUAUGGCUGAAGUAUGUUCCUGGUAUUGUGUUUAGAACAGAUAAUCAGCCUUUUAAGGCUGCAAUGGAAAAGUUCACACAAAAGAUUGUAAAUAUGAUGAAGUCAGAAAACCUGUUUGAACCUCAAGGAGGUCCCAUUAUUCUGUCUCAGAUUGAGAAUGAAUAUGAAAUAGUGGAAAAUUCAUUUGGUGAUGCUGGCAAAUCUUAUGCAAGAUGGUCAGCAAACAUGGCUGUGGGGCUCAAAACUGAAGUACCAUGGGUCAUGUGCAAGCAAGGAGAUGCCCUUGAUCCAAUAAUAAAUUCCUGCAAUGGUUUCUAUUGUGAGAACUUCUUACCUAACCGGGACAAUAAACCCAAAAUGUGGACAGAAGCAUGGACAGGCUGGCUAUUGAAGUUUGGUGGUCCUGCACCUUAUAGACCAGUAGAAGACUUGGCAUUUGCAGUGACAAGAUUCAUACAGAACAAGGGUUCAUAUAUAAACUAUUAUAUGUAUCAUGGAGGAACCAAUUUUGGUAGGACAGCUGGUGGCCCAUUCAUUGCCACUAGCUAUGACUAUGAUGCACCACUUGAUGAAUAUGGACUAACAAGGGAACCAAAGCACAGUCAUUUAAGAGACUUGCACACAACCAUUAGACUAUGCGAACCAGCCUUAGUUUCUGCAAACCCCGUGAGAACGUCCGUUGGGAGAAAACAAGAGGCUCAUGUUUUCAAUACCAAAUCUGGGGUUUGUGCUGCAUUCCUGGCAAACUAUGACCCUCAAUAUUUUGUUAACGUGACCUUCAGAGGAAGACAAUAUGGCCUUCCUCCUUGGUCCAUCAGCAUUCUUCCACACUGCCAGGAAGCAACUUUCAACACUGCAAGGGUUAGGGCUGCAAGCUUAGAUGUGAAGAUGGAGUUUGCAAAGAAAUUCUCUUGGGAAUCAUACACUGAAGGAGUUCCCUCCACAGAUGACAUGAAUUCAUUUGUGGCUCAUGGAUUGUUGGAACAACUAAAUGUUACCAGAGAUACCUCAGAUUAUUUGUGGUACACAACAAAUGUCAAUAUAAGGAAAGAUGACGGGUUUUUAAAUUAUGGAGACUUUCCUAUCCUUAAAGUUUCAUCAGCAGGCCAUGCUUUGCAAGUUUUCAUCAAUGGUGAAUUAUCAGGGACUGCUUAUGGGAGACUUGCAAAUCCUAAGUUAAAGUUUAGUGACAAGGUGACUUUGAAAGCUGGUAUUAACAAGAUCUCCUUGUUAAGUGUCACUGUUGGUCUCCCGAAUGUUGGCCUGCAUUUUGAGAAAUGGAAUGUUGGUGUUCUUGGGCCAGUGACAUUGGAGGGCUUAAGUGGGAGAACAUUGGACUUCUCUAAAUGGAAGUGGUCCUAUAAGACUGGUCUAGAAGGCGAAACAUUAGGCCUGUAUUCAUUCAAGGGAAGCUCCUCUGUCAAGUGGGCUAAAGGAUCAUCAGUGCGUAAAGAGCAGGCCUUAACAUGGUACAAGACCAUAUUUGAUGCGCCAGAAGGCAAAGAUCCACUAGCUCUAGAUAUGAGCAGCAUGGGAAAAGGUCAAAUAUGGAUAAAUGGUCAAAGCAUCGGACGGCACUGGCCUGCACACAAAGCAUCCGGUGGCUGCAGUCAAUGCAGUUACUCCGGAACCUUCCUUGAAAACAAAUGCCUACGUGGUUGCGGAGAUGCCUCCCAGAAAUGGUACCACGUCCCGCGCUCAUGGCUGCGCCCGAAAGGUAACCUAUUGGUUGUGUUUGAAGAGCAAGGUGGUGAUCCAACUGGGAUUUCUUUGAUGAGAAGGACAAUACAAAAGGAUUGAUGAAUUUUUGUUGGAAAAAAGAUCAUGUCAUGAUGAGUGUAAAAUAUCUCAGUGGCACACAUAUUUUGACCAUAGCUGAGCUAAGGGACAAACAUGCAUGGAUUAUUGCUAAAGAUUUCAAUCUUUUUUGAAAGUUGAUGGGGACACUGAGUAUAAGGAAAUGGUUCUUUCGUUGCGCUGUAAUAAUAAGAACAAAUGAGGGGGGAAAAAAAGGUAAAUAUGAAAUGUCUGCCAUUACUAUCAAUUCACAGACACAAUCAUUCUAGUAUUUAACUGUAAAGAACUUUCACCUUCAUUUGUGUUUUUGUAGGGAAAAUAUUCUUCUUACAACUUUUCAU